GGAGGAGGCUGGAGCCGGGGCCCCGAGCGCGCGGAGAAGGCGGCGGGACUGAGGACGAGGUCCCCCAUGGUGAGGAAGAGGAGGGAGAAGUGGCCGACUCUGUCCGCAUGGAGCUUUUGGUUCGGGUCGAGGGCCUUCAAAUGAGUGUUGAGUCACGGGAGCAGCAGCGACUUAUUGGCUCUCGCGGGAGUUGACAAGACGGUGGAGACGACGGCGAGCUGCCAGCAGCGGCGGCAGUGGCGCGCAGCGGCGUGCCGGAGCGGUCUUUGAGAGCGCACAGAGAGCGGCACGGCGGCCACACCUCGUGAGAGCCCUGGGCCAGUGGAAGGAAAUUCCACAUUCCUCUGGACAAGUUCUCAAUUGGUGAAGAUUGACAUUUCUAUGAUGAAGAGGUUUGGGGAAAUCGAGUUCAAUAUUUCCAAAGAACUAUGGUAAAGGAGAAGGUUUAAUUCACACAGUUUGUUAAUGUGUAUUACACACCACACUCUUGUUGUAUUUUUUUAAGUCGGCCAAUACAAAAAUGUGGCUAAUAUCACUAGGGCCUCAAGAUCCCCAUGUUCUGGCCCCAGAGGAGCUUGGUGAUAAAUAAUCCGACUCCGGUCUCCCACAGCCUCACGAAGCAAUGUUGUCACUUUGAGAUCUGCGGAUUAACAGUUGCUCUCACCUUUCUGUCCACGUUCCACCUCCUGGGCACCGUGGGACAGAAGCUUCUCCUGUAAAGCCAACGUGGCCAGGAAUGCUCACCAAAGCGCAAAGUGCAGCAGAAGCGGUAGGGGGGUCUCAGGCAGACGGGGGCCUGGGACCUAAGCGUCCUGUCAGCCUCGGCUCUACUGGCUCCUCGUCGUCAUCCCGAGACAGCCACCUCUCGUUCGGGAGCAGCCUCGUGCUGGCAUCCUCCCCGUCCUCCUCGCUGGCGCCGGGAGACUCGGGGUGCUCCUGCAGUGAGCGCGAUGCCUUCAGCGAUCGGGAGCCGGAGCUGGGAAAGAUGGAGGCGCUGACCACAACCGCGGCGGGGGGACGCUGCCCGCCGGAACCGCAAGAGGACGGGGUCACGGCACCGGCGGGGCAGCGCGCCGGCCGAAAUGGGCAGCUGCAGGAGGCCGUGCUCCAGGUGAGGGAGAGCAACAUCUUGGAGCUGGAGGAGGAGGACACGCGCCGAAGCAGCAGCGGCAGCAGCGGCAGCAGCGGCAGCCAGGAGAUGGGGCGUCCGGGGAAGGAGGGCACACGCGUGAGGAUGACACUGGCUGCCGAUGGCUGCUCCUUGUCCUCGCUGGAGCGCGUCCUGCUCGAGAUGCUGCAGACUGAGCGGGCCUACGUGAGAGACCUGAGCAGCAUCGUGCAGGAUUAUCUUGGCUGCAUGGAGGCCACACCUGGGCUGCCCCUCUCCUCUCAGGACCUCGGAACUCUCUUUGGCAACGUUCGCAGCAUCUACUCGCUCAACAGGGAUUUACUGCAGGACCUGGAGGUGUGCGGCCUUGACCCUGUGGCUGCUGCCAGGUGCUUUAUCAGCAAGAGCGAAGCUUUCCAAAUCUACACCGAGUACUGCAUGAACUACCCCAACGCCGUGCGAGUGCUGGCAGAGUGCAUGCGCAGCCCGGAGCUGGGGGCUGUGCUGGCGUCACGCCAGGCAGCGUUGUGCCACUCCCUGCCCCUCGGGUCCUACUUGCUCAAGCCCGUGCAGCGCAUCCUCAAGUACCACCUACUGCUGCACGAGGUCUCCAGGCACUGCGAGGACGGCACCUGGGAACGAGCGCCUAUCCAGGAAGCCCUGGAUACCAUGACUGGGGUGGCACAGCACAUCAACGAAGUCAAGCGGAGGCACGAGCAGGCCUCCCGUGUGCAGGAGAUCGAGCGCUUGCUGAGUAGCUGGCACGGGCCAGAGCUGGGGCGCUACGGGGAGCUGGUUCUGGAGGGCGUGUUCCGCGUGGCGCGCGCUCGCAACCAGCGCACAUUCUUUCUCUUCACCAACAUCCUGCUCUUCGCCCGCCGGCGUGACCACAUCUAUGUCUGCAAGGGCCACAUCCUCUGCGCUAACCUGAUGCUGGUGGAGAACCUACCCAAGGAGCCACUCAGCUUCACCGUCGGCCACUUUAAGAAUCCCAAGAUUCGGCACACUCUGCAGGCACACUCUGUGGAAGAGAAGCGCCUGUGGGUCCACGAGUUGAAGAGGCUCAUUCUGGAGAACUACCCGAGCGACAUCCCCCUCAAGGCUAAGCAGGCCAUCCUGGACAUGGAUGGGUCAUGUUCCCCUGCCACCCACUGCGGCCGAGACGAUCCCAAGAAGGAGAGCUGGUACACCCGGCGAGGACGACGCAAAUCAGAACCGGGAGACAGGAAGCCAAAGCCUCUGGAGUCACUAGCAUCUGUCCGAAAGCGGUCGGGCAGUGUCGACGGUGGCCUGCUGAGGGAUGCAGAGGUCGGUGGUGGGCCUGGGCUCGGGGAAGGCAGCACCGAAAGCUUGGAAAGGGCAGCCUCCACGGGGAGACGCCCGCUUCCCAACGGCGACAUGCGGCAAGACGACCGGCAGAAGGGACAAGCAGAUCGACAGGCGACACAGACGGACCGGCAGGAUGGGCCAGCGGGCCAGCAAGAGGGGAGGGCAGAUGCGCGGGAGGCACGGCCGUGUGGAGACGCAGCGGUGACGGGGACAGGGCAGCAGUGUCAGCAGCUGCAGAGCAGGAGGGUGGAGGCCAAGGCGAGCUCGCAGACCGCUGCCACCGAUCCCACGCGGCUCGGGUUCAAGCAGAGGGAGGGCGAGUGCAGUUUGCGAGCGCAGGCAGGAAGGCGCUUCCUCUAUCGACAGUCUGUGGACCUGGAGGGCAUGCACCUCAGCCCCAUCUUAUCGCAGCCCAUGCUGGAAGUCCUUGCGGCUGAGCUCAAGUAUGAGUGGCUGGUGGCCCCACAAUAUGGCAAGAAAGUGGCCCCUGUGAAGGCACAGUGUGAUGGGAACACGUUGGAAACCCCAGAGGGUGGUGCGACGCUGCCCUCCAGUGGAGCCCUGAUUUCUGCGAGUGCGUUGGCCACAGCCGAAGGUGGCGGAGGGAUGGGAAAGGACACCCAUUGUGCCGGCACGGACCAGCACUGCGUUGUCUCUUCAGCUGAGCCAUUACUGGCAGCCGGAAGUGAGGUACAGCCAGUGGAACAUGAUGAAUACCCUUCAAAACACCAUGCCACGAAUGUCAAAGUGGGUGAGGAGAAGCAAGAGAGCCACACGCGCGAGAAUGGCGUGCCGCAGCAGGAGCGUGCAGGGCGCGUUGUACGCGAGUCCAUCAUCAUCGAUGAUGAUGAACCAGAAGAGUUUUAUCAGGAUAGGAAUGAAGCAAUUCAGGUGGUUGAUAUUAUGGAUACACCACAACCGUGUGAUGAUAAUCAGAAGCCCGUUGAGACAAAAGUUCUCCAGCUGGAUUUCGAAAUGCUUCCAGUAAAAAAAUCCCAACAACCUCUCAUGGAAAACUCAAACUCAGAUCAGACAGAUGUUGCUGUUCAGCCUGUGUGUGAUGAUAGCAGCACAAAGGAAAGGAACGGUGAACCAGAAAUCGAACUGUAUAGACAUGCGCCUUGUGAGAGUCCGUCAAGAGGCUUGCCAGUAGCUCCGCAGGAAGGCCCAACUCAUCCUACAAACACGGUGGAUGCGGCUCCUUCAUUUGAAGGUGGUCGCAGGUUGAACGCAUCGGAGGCAGAUGAUGUGUGGCUGUCGUGCCAAGACGCCGCACAAAUGCUGGAGGAGACCCUCGGUUGGGAGGCCGCAGGAUGCGUUUCCUCUCACGUUUCCUGUGAAGAGACCUCGCCGUUAACGCAUCACACCUCUGAUGAUUCACAGCAGGGGGAUUCUGCAACUGACGGCGGCAUCUCCGCUUCACACCCUCCAAAAAGUGGAUCACCAAGUGAGCAGGGAAACAACGAUGAAGACGUAGACGAUGGAGAGGACACAACCUUCCAGUUUGCCUCUACGGAGGUCGUGCGGAGCAACGUUUUUAGACACGAUCAAGCAGAACAUUUGCCAGUGCAGGCCGGAUUCUCACCAAUCAUAAGUCCGCUCGAAAAUCUAUCGCCACAAACUGCCCCGACUGUGACCCAAUGCGCCCCGGCUGAUGUCGACGUUGUAGCGGAGCACUGCAGAGCGGUCGUCCAAACCGUGACGUCCGAGCUCGUCUCUUCGCCCUUCGUGAGGAAGAAUGGAAACGAUGUAGCCCGAGGCAACGGCGUCGGCAUCGAGCGUGAGGGACGGUGCGCAGACGGUCUGCCGGCAGCGCAGCCAGCACCUGUCUCGCUGUGCGCCGGUGACGGAGAGACACGCGGGCACGACGCUUGUGAGGCUGAAACUGGAGACGCGCGUGGGAUGGAUAUCAUAGAAAUGCUCACGCUAGAGCACAAAUUUAUAGAAGAUUAUUUUUCCAACUUGACGUCGACAGCUCCUGAACAAGAGCAGUUGGUGCACAGCUCACCUGUGAGCAGUUAUGUUGAGGUUUCUUCAGCCACAAGCAAAGAAGCGUUUUCAGAAAAUGAAAAUAAAACUAUUGACACGUGGGCCGAUCUCAUAUCAAGCAUCGAGAGCAGUUUGGCAGAGUUCAGAGAUAACAUCCCUCCCACUAUUUGGGAUGUUGACCACACACCGCUUUUUAUCGAGGAAGAAGAAGACUCCUGUCCACGUGUUACAAACGACUCAAAUCAAAGUCCCAAAGCUCCUGAGGAAUCUGUAGAGUUUGCAUUGCCUCAUGCCCGAAACGAACUUGAACACAUCGGCAAUAGCCAAGCAAAACCGUCUGAUGACGGGUGCACAGAGGGCAUCUGGUUUCAUUGCACGAAUUCUGAGAGCACUAAUGCCGCUGCGUGGAAUAGUCGCACAUCGCGACCAGGAUUCCAAAACGAGAGGCAAUGUGGGAGUAGCUGCGACAGUCCGGACAACUUCAGCAGAACGGGGAGAAACGAUCCCAGUAUCUCAGGAGCAACUUUGAUGAGUCCACCUCCUGGCAAGCCAUACGCACGGUCAGGACGAGAAGGAAAGCAAUCUCCACAGCCCACAGAACUACCGAGAGCAGGUGCUCGUGUGGACAAUGACAGCGAGUGUUACAGUCAACGGUUCCUCGCAGGACGUGACUCGGAUGCGAGUCGCUCACGCCUCGCUGACAUCUUGGGAAAUGGGCGAGCCUCUCCACCGACAAGGAAGGCCCAAACAGGGCUCCGCAGGGCUGAACCGCCUACUGUGCGCGCUCGGCCCCCUUCUUCCCCUUGCCUGUCCAGCCCCAGUGAUUCACCGCAACUCACGCGGUGUCCAUCCACUUCUGGCCUCUUUAAAACAGUCUCCCCUGCACAGUUAUGUUGUGUCCAGGAGUCGCACACUUAUACUGGCAGGUCCUGCAGGUCCCCUUGCAGACGCAACCAUUUACACGAGUCACAUUGCUCCUCAUGUAAUGCUGAUUGGUUCUCCAAGCCUUACAAUAACGCAGGGACGAGCGCUGGUUCAGUCGAUCACCAAUUGGGUGUGUGCAAGGAAUGCGGGUCUUGCCAGCCGGCCUCUCCCAGUGGCAGGGCUUGUCGAUUGCCAGGGCAGUGGUCUUUGCAGUCCCAUACUCCAACACUGGGAAUGUGUAAGUGUCCCUCAACACCAAACCUAUUUCACAGUUCCUCCUUGUCACUCGAGUCUCAAUUUCACUUCCCCUCGGUCCCAAGCCGGAAUUCCUUCUCUAACUUCCUUCAUUCGUACACUUUAUCCAACUCUGAAACCAAUCAGUCGUGUUCCUCACUUGAUUAUGAAUUUUCAAACAUGACUGCUCCCUUUACUAAAGUAAUAAAAAAUCCAACCCCAACGGCUCCACCACGCUAUUCUAAUGUUUCCAGCCGCAUCCCCUGCGACUCUGUCAUUCCUCCAUACCAUUCAUCUCCUCUCUCAUCAGACUUGCUGCGUAGCCCUUCUGAGGGCAGCCUCCUCUCUCCUUCCACACAGAGUUUUCUGAAAUCCUAUGCAUCUGCUUUGGAGAUCUGUAACAACAACAUGGAUCAAGCAGAGUUGCCGUUUGAAUCCAAAUCCAAGAAUUCAACUCCAAAGAGUUCAGUGUUGGGGACUGCGCCAGGUGAACCUGCAGAGUACUGGCCCUUCGUGCCGGACGACACCAGGGUCUUCGUUCACAGUACGCACACUCCCUCGCAUGAACCCUACAGAGUGAGAAGCAGAAGCCUCGGGUUUCAAGACUUGAGCGGCGAGCACUGUGAGAAAACGAGGGCAGGUUUACCGGAGAGCCCGGGUGGGCUCGGCACACCUGCAAGCGCUCACUUUCCUGAGAGCCUCGGGCUCGAGCGUGGCAGCUACUAUGGGUCCCACAUUGUGCUCCAGGAUGCGGAUAAAGCUGUGGUGGUGGACAGGGUCUUUCCACAGAGGGUGCUGAGCAUGAACGUCAGCAUCCGCAAGAUGUACGCCAAUAGUCUGUGCCGGAGGGACCGCCGGUCCGCAUCGCCGCCGCGACAGGUGGAGGCCACGCUGGCGGAUGGCCGAUGCCGGUGGCUGGACUACACCGAGCUGUCGUCCGGAGCGGCGUGCAGGCCGCCAAUCCCACACAGAGCUCGCUCGCACUCCUUCAGGUCUCAGAAGCGGAUGCCGCCUGUGUUGAGAGAUGCACUGAUUUGAGUGGUGGACUGGCAUUAGGAGAGCUGCAGAGGGAACUGGGAUUCACACUGAAGCCACAACGAGAACAAAUUCACCAACAAAUACUGCCUUUAAAUUAACAGGCGAUAAGAGGCACUUCUUCACAGCACAUCGAUCACAUCACGUAAAUAGUCAUUUAUUUGCUAUGAAUGUGCUGUUCGGUGCCUUUACCAAAAACGUCACCUAUUGCGUUUUUAAUUUAAAGCCACAGUGUUGAAUAAAUGAACCUGUUCGUUUUUGUUAUUGUGCUUGUUCACCACAGCCAAUGCAGCAUUACCAAAUAAUUUAUACAAAACGUGAUGCAAAAUCCUAGACAAAUAUACUUGCUUUUGCUAAUACUCAUAAUCUCUCUCAUGAAUGCGUGCAUUAUAUAUGACUUCAGGUCAUGGUUGGGGGCUGAUUCAGGCAAUUAUCCCUCUAGGUUCAAUAAAGUUCGUACCACUCUGCGGGAACGUCAACGGUGGUUGUCCUAUAGAUAUAAUCUACCAACCGCCUGCAAAAAUCAGUAACUAAAUCACGAUGUACGCUUUCAUAAAUCCUCCUUGCGUACACACACCCUGUGGGUUAUGUCAAUACAGUUUGUGCCGUAACUUCAACACCAUGUUUGCGCAUGCACACCGCCUUACAGAUCCAGCAGGGGCUUUCGACCAAAUGUACAGCCUCUGUGAUCCGUGGUUUAUUGUUGCUCUGCGGAUGCAUACAAUGCAUAUUUGGGAUGUGACGUACCAUAGGGAAACAUUAAUGUUUGUACUCGUACCAUCGGCCAGACUGACAGCGCUGAGCAUGUAAAGUUGCACCUCGGGCUCGCUUUUCGCAAUGAAUGAAGAGUCACCACCUCAUGCACUGUAGAUCAAACCCGGACAUAUUUCUCAGUAAGCGCGAGGUCUAUCAAAUCUGUGUAGUGGUGGUAUUCUGCAAUAAAGUUUCACACAAUACUGAUGCCAAAUCUCGGUACAAAUAUAUCUCUGUUGCUACCCAAACACAGAUGACAAUAACCCAGACAAGUGGUGACCCUACCCUGAACCCUGGCUCCAAGGUUGGCGAGUGCUGUAUUCAGAAUAUUUAAGCAAUACUUUUCUAUUUCUACUGCCAUGCAUAACCCCUUGAGUUACAACACGUAAAAAUAAUUUUACCGGUGUUAAUUAUUCUUUAUGUAAUACAGUACCAUUGUGAGUGCGUGAAAUAAAACGGGCGUCUGGAGCAUUUAACUCUGAAAAGCGAGCCACUGCAUCUGUUUACUCGGUGGGCCACCGCCAGACGGCACUGUUAUGAAGAAAUUAACAUUCCAUCUCCGUGCCAGCGUCAGAAAUCUAAAAUAAAAAAAACUGUAUAAGACAUGACCCCAGAAAUUCCAACUAAUUGUUUUAGAUUUUUGGCUCUGCACCAUUUCUGUACACCUAUCCCGCACGAGGAAAACUAUUUUGAAGUCAACUAUUAUUAGGUAUUUAUUGUGUGUUGGACCGACUCUCUGUGUUGCAUUGCAUUACAUUUCCAAAUUUUA